AUGAAAUUUAAUCUAAUAGUGUGUUUCAUUGUAUUAGUCUUAGCAUAAGAUCCUACAGAAACAGUAGUAGUUUAAGAUGAAAAUCCUACAACAGUUGAGAAACAAGAGCCAUAAAUGUAGCCAAUAGUUGCAUUGCCAAAUAAUGUUGAUGCAUUAAUAUCAGGUCAUCGAUUAAUUUUAGUUGAAUUUUAUGCAUCUUGGUGUGCUCCAUGCAAACAAUUUGCCACUGAAUAUCAGCAACUUACAGAUAAAGCAUCUAAACAUUCAAUUGUUUGUGCUGCUUAUGAUUCACAAAGAGAUCCUGAUAGAUAUGCUCUUGAAAAAUUCAAAAUUUCCUCUUUCCCAACAUUUAUCUUUUUUAUGGAUGGAAAACCUUUCUCAUUUACUGGAUAAAGAAGUGCUAAUUCUAUACUCUAAUGGAUGUUAUAAGUAUAUCAUAUAUAUAAUUAAUAUCAUUUUAGUUAGUUAAUGGACCUGAUCCUACAGAGAUUUUAUCAUAAGAAUAAUUCAAUCAAUUUUUAAAUGAUAAUGAUGUUGUACUUUUUUAUUAAGUUUCAGAAAACAAUGUUAGUGAUCUUAAUUAUUGGACAUUUUUCGAAAUGAGCAAAACUAAUUCAGAUGCUGCAUUUGCUUUCUCAUUCCUUCUACCUAUUGGUAAACCAGGACGAUUAUAUUAUUAUUCUAAAGAAACCUUAGAAAAGAAAUAAUUCAAUCAAGCAUUUACUAAACAAAAUAUUCAAAGAUUUUUAUUACAAAAUUAAUUACCUGAUGUGCCAUAAUUAAAUGAUUAAUCAGAAAAAUUAGUUUAUUCUGGAGCUACUCCAGCUUUUAUUUUAUUUAGUAGUUUAGAUGAAUAAUCUAUUAAAGCUGAAAAAGCAUUCCUUGAAACUGCAUAAUUGUUUAAGAAGACUUAUUAAUUUUCAUUUACUAAAAUUACAGAUGAAAAAUUUUUUGAUCAAUUAAAUAAUCUUGGAGCAGAUGAUAAUGUAUUCCCUAAAAUUAUUGCUUGGAACUAAGGAUUAAAAUAUAAAUAUAAUGGACCUGAUUUUACAGUUAAAGGAAUCAAGAACUUUAUUUUUGAUUUUAGAUAAGGUAAAUUAGAAAAGUUUAUUAAAUCUGAACCAUUACCUGAUUAUUCUUAAGAGAAAACUUAUGUUAAAGUAAUAAUAAAUGAUAUUAACCAUUUAGAAAAUUGUAGCUUUGAAUUAUGAUGAAGAGGUAAUCAAAAACAAAAAAGAUGUUUUAUUAGAAUUCUAUGCAGAAUGGUGUGGAGCUUGCAAAUAAUUUAAACCAAUCUAUGAUUAAAUUGCAUAUGAAUUAAGAGAUAAUCCUAAUAUAGUUGUUGCUUAAAUAAAUGCUCCAGACAAUGAAAUUUCAGAUGUUUAUUCACCACAUUCCUAUCCUGAUCUAGUAUUAUUUAGAGCAGCAGACAAACAGAGAAAAGCAAUUGCUUGGACAGGUGAAAAUAGAGAUGUUGAAUCAGUCUUGUAAUUUGUUAGAAAUAAUACAAUUGUUAUCAAAUGA